CUGUUAAUAUUUCUGUGAAACUGAACAAACAAUCUUUCAGUUCUAAAUUUUCAAUAAAUUAAUGAGUUCGAGAGUUUGAUGGCGGCUAUGCUGCAGUGCUGUGCAAAAUUUGGGCCCAUAGAUGUAGUACCACCCAGCAUCAGAAACUGAGAAUAAAACCCAAAACAAACAAAGGAAGAAGUAAACAACAAAAGCCCAAAAAAGAACUUAACUGCACAGACUGCACUUCUGAGGACUAGGAAACUCCCAACGAAACAAAACAACUAUGUCAGCUGUAAAGAAGUUGAACAGUCCUCAGUGGAAGAAUUUCCAGCCGUCCACACAAGAUCCUGCAAUCGUGUCAUUUCAAAGAGCCACAGCACCAGUGAUCAAUAAUUCACACAUCAACAGCAAUGGAGUAGGGAGAGAAACAGGAUUUAUUGAGAAGCUUUUGCAUUCCUAUGGAUUUAUUCAGUGUUGUGAAAGGGAUUCACGACUUUUCUUUCAUUUUAGUGAAUAUGGAGACGAUAUUAACUUGGUUAAAAUUGGAGACCCGGUAGAGUUCCAGAUGACCUAUGACCGUAGGACUGGUAAACCGGUAGCAAGCCAUAUUGUAUUGUUAAACUCUGGAAGUCAAUCUUAUGAAGUUUUAAGUGAGGAGAAGUUUACAGGAUCUAUUGCACAGGAAGCCAAGCCAACGAAGAACAAAAACGGUUAUGCUUUAUCAGAAGAUAGCCUUGGGAGGGUAACUUACCAACAUAAUGGAGAAGUUUUCUUUUUACCGUACGGAUCUGAUGAUGUUAUUGAUAAGACUUUUAAACCAAUAGCCCAAGAUCAAGUCCAGUUUUAUAUAGCAACUGAUAAAAGGAAUGGUAACUUACAUGCAAGACAGAUUGAACCAGUCAGUUGUAAAGUACAAGGAGUUGUCUGCUCUUUGAAAGAUUCUUUUGGUUUUAUCGAACGAGCUGAUGUGGUCAAGGAGAUCUUUUUCCACUACAGUGAAUAUAAAGGAGAUAUCAACAAACUAAAUCUAGGGGAUGAUGUUGAUUUUGAUGUUCAAAAUAGAAAUACAAAGGAAGUCGCAGUAAAUAUUCAAAGUGUACCCAUUGGAACUGUUAUAUUUGAGGACAUAAGUGUCAACAAAAUACAAGGCUCAGUACAGAGAACUCUUAAAAAUAGUCGUCGACAAAGUGAUCCUCUAGGGGGAAGAAUCUCUUAUGAAUCUGCCAAGGGACCUGUAGAAAUUCCAUUUGGUGACAAGGAUCAGGGUGGGGAUUACACCUUGUUGUCAGGUGACGUGGUAGAAUGUAACAUAGCAACGGACCGUCGAGAUAAACUUCAGCGAGCAACAAACAUCAAACUAAUGGAGGAAUCAUUUACUGCCAAUAAAGAGAACAGGGAAACAGGUGUGAUUACAAAUUUAAAAGAUGGAUAUGGAUUUAUACAAUGUACUGAACGAGAAGCAAGGAUGUUUUUCCACUUCAGUGAAUUACUGGAUCCAAAAAAAGAAGUCAAAACUAAUGAAGAAGUAGAAUUUACAGUAACACAGGAUCCUUCAGCAUCAAAUGGUAACAAACUUAUGGCUAUCAGAAUCAAAUACUUAUCUAAAGGAAGUGUAUCAUUUCUAGUCAUCCAUCCAGAAAAAUACAUUGGAACUGUGGAUAAAGAACCUAAUGCCCAUAAAAGUCCAGGUAAAAUAAAGGAAGCUGAAACUGGAAUUAUAGUAUUUGAUUUUGAUGAAAAAAUUCAGAAAAUUUCUUACACAAUCAAAGAUGUUUUAGAAAUGAAAAAUGCUCCUAGAUAUGGAGAUAAGGUGGAAUUCAAUCUCGGUGAAGUUAAAUCAACUAAAACAAGAACAGGUGUAAACGUGAGAGUGGUUUUACGUAACCUUAACAACAAGUGCCAGGGAUUCAUUGCCACUUUGAAAGAUAAUUAUGGUUUUAUUGAAAACUCUGAUCAUGAAAAAGAAGUCUUCUUUCACUUUAGCUCCUAUGAGGGUGAUCCAAACGACCUUGAUCUUGGUGAUGAAGUGGAAUAUACACUCUGCAGAAAAAGUGCCAAACACAGUGCUGAAAAUAUAUUCAAACUGCCAAAAGGAACCAUUCCAACUGAGGAAAUUCUUCGUGAUAAAGGACAGCAGCAGGGGAAAGUAUUGCGACCAAUGAGAAUAGUCAAUCCGGAUCAAGAAGAAUACUGUGGACUUGUACAACCUUUUAAUGUUGAAGUAGAAGACACAGAACCUGAGGUAUAUCCCUAUGGAAUAACAAGUCUAGCAGAUAAAAGGGAUUUCCUACAGAAAGGAGAUUCUGUAAAGUUUAACCUGGCUUUGAACAAGUCCAAUAAUCAAACUAGAGCAGUUAAUAUUAGUGCUAUCAGAAAGUUCAUCAGAUCUAAGGUGGAUUCUGUAAAAGGACAGUUUGGUUUCCUGAAUUAUGAGAAAGAGGAUGGAAAGAAGUUGUUUUUCCACAUGACAGAGGUACAUGAUGGAGUGGAGAUACAGACUGGGGAUGAGGUGGAAUUUGUUGUCGUACAGAAUCAGAGGAACGGAAAAUACUCUGCCUGCAGUCUUAGAAAGAUUACGGAUCGCAGAAGACCAGAAAGACUUGUUAGUAGGCUAAAGAGCGUAACAGAAGACCUGUCAAGUGUUCGCAUUGUUGUCAUUCGUCAACCUAAAGGUCCAGACGGCACCAAAGGGUUCACACAGACCCGUGUUCCAUGGACUCCACCAGCUUGAACAUUCUCUCGGCUAUAACAACAAGUUGUCAAGCAUUCUUCAGCUUCAAUACAGCAUUUUAUAUAUAUCGUCAAAUUGACUGGCUUUAACUGUUUAUAGUGAAAAAAAUAUGUAAAAAAGUAAGAGGUUUUAAUCACGAAAUGUUACUUGUUAGUGUGCACUUGUUUUUAUUUUACACCUAAAUGUGAAGGGAAUUUUACAUAGGAUCAGAAGCUUAAUAAUAAAUCCAGUUUCAUUUUACCCCCAUUUGCCUUUUCAGAAUCUAAUGCAUUCUGGGUAAUAUUUUCAAAAGCAGGACCAAGGUUAAAUCAUUUGAAUACAUAAGCAAUGCAAAAUGUCCCUCAUACCCAUAAAAAAACUUUUUUCCCAGGGCUUUGUUUGUAGCAAGCACUGAACAGUUAAAAAUAAAAUUGAAAUGACACAUUUUGGUAAAAUAUUUAAAUAAAAUCAUUAAAAAAGUGAAAGGGGUCCUAAUAUAAACCCCUGUGUAAAAUCAAAAUCCAAACCCAACUGUAUGAUGACUCUUAUUUACAAAUUCUUUUUUUAUGAGUCUACUGUGUGCCAGUAUUUGACAAAAUGUGAUAUUUAUAUUUAUACAUGCAUAUUAUGGGAAGAAUAUGAAAAAAUUUCUUCAGCCCCAGACAUAUAUUUCCUCAUACAAACUACAUGUCAUAUUAGUCUGUAAAAGGGUGGUAAAGGGAUGAAGCCAAAAAAAAAUUGUUUGGCCUUACUAAAAAAAAAGAGUGUUUCAACUCUUAACACUGGAAAUUCAUAAACAUAGAUCAAAUUGAUUGAGUUUGAAAAAAAAAGACAUUGACUAUAAUAAGAGAAAGAGACAUCUGUCAUUGAACCUCAUGAUUAAUCUUAUAAACAAGAUAACAAUUAUGGUUGAUAUAUACCCACAUUUGUUUAAGAAUGUUCAUAGUAUUCAAGGUAUGUUUUAUAACCUGUUAUAGUUGAUAUGCCCAGAUAGAUAUAUUGAUUUUGUAUUAUUUAUUUCACAGUAUAUGUCUAUUUCAGUGAAGCAUGGUUUCUAAUACAUUUCCCAUUUUUGAUAUGUAAAUUUAAUUUUCAUCUUCAGUGAUCAUGUUUUUAAUGAGUUGAGUUUUUCAGUUGUCAAGUUACUUGAGUUCAAAUUUUUUUAUCCAAGAAUGGAACACAUUUUUUGCUCAAAUAUAUGCCAAGCUCAAAUUCAUGCCUGUUAAAUGCACUGUGGUGAAAUAUGUUUUUUCAUUUGGUUAUUUUACAAAUAAAUUUUCAAAGAAUUUAAUUAUUUCAAAAAGAUAAACAAGAUUCUAGAAAGUGCAAUGAAAUGCUGAAGUUGAAAUUAUUUCAAUGCUCAGUUUCUUAAAUAUCUGAAUUAUAUUUAUUUUCAAGACAAAAGUUAAGAAUAUUCCUGUGGAAUAUGUUAGCAAAUUUUUAUUUUUUUUUAUAAAUUAUCUCCCUUUGAUUAGUUUCAAUGUUUUUAUUAUAAUUUAUGUAUUGAAGUGUGAACUGCCUUUACCACCCUUUAACAUUUGUAAAACAAGUCAUAAGUUGAUAGCUUGAUGAAUAUUGAUGUAAUUUAAAGAGAUGUAAACAUUAUUUCAAGUCAAGAGCCGAUGGAAGUUGUUUCAAAUGGUUGAUUCCAUUGAACUAUGAAACGAAAUAAAAAAAAAAGAUAAAACCA